UCAAUCUGGCAACACUGGCUGGAUCGCAAAACCUGACCCAAUCUGGCAACCCUGUACGAGGAGCUAACACGCUAACACGCUCUGUACGGAGGCUACAGCGGCAGGAGGUGUUGACAGCGGCGGCCUCAGAGCCUCUCCCUUCUCGCUCCCGUUCCCCGCCGCGCAUCGUUUCUAGCGGGAGCUCCUUCGACUCACGAGCCCCGAAGCGGCACGAGUGGUUUCCCGCGUGGGGAUAUUUCCGUUGACGUUACCACACGUUAGCUUUAGCAUUAGCAUCCCCGGCCCAGGACUCAGGCGGCGCACGGAGUGAAGUUCGCAGCGGACCCCAAACUUCUGCCUCCCCGCCUGGCCGCUGUCUUUCCGCGGGGUCCGGGCUCCUGUCGCCGGCCCUGUGGAUGAGAAGAGAGCCGCCCGCCCGGGAGGAAUCUCUGCAGCUUGAGGUGGUGGAACGGAGACUCCCCUAGCAGACGUUUCCUGCUUGGCAACCAGGUACUCCAGAAUGCGUGUCUUGAUGCUCUUGGUGAGCUCGCUGUCAUCUUCCUGUACCUUCACAACCUGCUCAUUGAAAAGGACCCCUUUGAUGGGAGAAACCUGCUUCUUAACCUCCUGGGUCCACAGAAGAAGAUUGACCAUGAUGGAUGAGCAGGAUGCGUUGAACUCGAUCAUGCAGGACCUGGCGGAGCUUCACCGCUCAACCAGACGCCCGGUCCUGUCCCUGUCCGACCUGGGGAAGCCCAAAGCCUCCUCGCCCAAGAACCAGAACGACGUCAGAGUGAAGUUCGAGUUCAAAGGCGAGAGAAGGAUCCUGCAGUUCUCCCGACCGGUCCUUCUGGCCGAGCUGAAGACCAAAGCUAAGGUGGCCUUUGGCCAGAGCAUGGACCUCCACUACACCAACAACGAGCUGGUGAUCCCCUUGACAACUCAGGACGACCUGGACAAGGCGGUGGAGCUGCUGGACCGCAGCGCUCACAUGAAGAGCCUGAAGAUCCUCCUGGUGCUGCAACAGACCCCCUCCAACAUGUCGCUGCAUGAGGAGCUCGACAACACCAGCUUCAGACUGGAGGACCGCAAGAGCCUGAUGGGCCUCAAAGACUCUCACUCUACGGACCGGGCCUCCCCCCCCCCGGGCUACAUCCCCGACGCCCUGCAGCAGUUCACCAGGAACGGGUCCUUCACCUCCAUCAACAGUGAGGGGGAGUUCAUCCCCGAGAGCAUGGACCAGAUGCUGGACCCUCUGUCGAUGAGCAGUCCAGAGAACUCUGCAUCGGGGAGCUGCCCGUCUCUGGACAGCCCCCUGGACAGCGACUACCCCAAGUCCCGGAUGCCCCGGGCACAGAGUUACCCCGACAACCACCAGGACUUCCCAGAGUACGACAUUCCGGUGUUUGAGAAGUCUGGGAAGGGCGGGACCUACCCGCGGAGAUACGGCAUUCCCUUCAGCCUCCAGGACUACAGCGACGGGAGGAAGACGUUCCCGAGGGCUCGGAGGACCCAGGUCCACGGGCUGCGCUCCCCGGUGAGCUUCAGCCCCACGGAGCCGUCCCCGUCCACCAGCAGCGGCAGCAGCGUGUUCACCCCCGACCUGGAGGAGGCCCCACUGGGGGGGGGCCCGCUGCCGGGGGGGCGGCGGCCUCGCCGCGGCAGCGACAUCGAGGGGAACAGCGUGGUGACGCCCACAGGGACCCCCGGACUCUCAGUCAUGGACAUCAGCCCGCCUAGCCGCUCGCCGCGCGCCCCCACCAACUGGCGCCUUGGGAAGCUGCUGGGGCAGGGCGCCUUUGGGAGGGUGUUCCUCUGCUACGACGCCGACACCGGCCGCGAGCUGGCCGCCAAGCAGGUGGCCUUCGACCCCGACUCCCCCGAGACCAGCAAGGAGGUGAGUGCUCUGGAGUGUGAGAUCCAGCUCCUGAAGAACCUGUUCCACGAGCGCAUCGUGCAGUACUACGGCUGUCUGAGGGACUCCACCGAGAGGACCCUGUCCAUCUUCAUGGAGUACAUGCCCGGGGGCUCGAUCAAGGACCAGCUGAAGUCGUACGGCGCGCUGACGGAGAACGUGACGCGGCGCUACACCCGUCAGAUCCUGGAGGGGGUGUCCUACCUGCACAGCAACAUGAUCGUCCACCGCGACGUCAAGGGGGCCAACAUCCUGCGGGACUCUGUGGGGAACGUGAAGCUGGGGGACUUCGGGGCCAGCCGGCGGCUGCAGACCAUCUGCCUAUCGGGGACCGGCAUCAAGUCGGUGACCGGGACGCCCUAUUGGAUGAGCCCCGAGGUCAUCAGCGGGGAGGGUUACGGACGCAAGGCUGACAUCUGGAGCGUGGGGUGCACGGUGGUGGAGAUGCUGACCCAGCGCCCCCCCUGGGCGGAGUACGAGGCCAUGGCGGCCAUCUUCAAGAUCGCCACCCAGCCCACCAACCCCAUGCUGCCCCCCCACGCCUCCGACCACUGCCGUGACUUCCUGAAGCGCAUCUUCACGGAGAGCAAGGCCCGGCCCUCGGCCGACGAGCUGCUCCGACACAUCUUCGUACACUAGACGUCUACCCUUGACCCCGACCACUCCAACCACGCCCCCCCUCGUCAUGCUGGACGUCGCCUUUACCUCGUGGGCGUGGCUGUCGUGUCAACCCCAUCCCCCAUCCCUGAAACUCCUCCUCCCCCCUUGGUUGAAUCACAUUGGACGGAAACGGAGCUCUGUGAUUGGUUGGAUGAGCGGUAGCCCCGCCCCUUCUCUCACACCGUUGUCGCUCGUUGGACGGAGUCGGAGGUCUGCGAUUGGUGGAUGAACGGUGGUCCCGCCCCCUCCUCCAUCCUGAUUCGCUGCCGAGGACUUAAGGCGUUUUCUUUCUUUGUUGUUUUUUUUGUCUCCCUGCAAAUUUGCACCUUAAUUUCCCCGCCGCAGCGCGGGGGUCCAAAGCACUUCCCCUUCUUCCCAUGAAGAAGGACUCCAUUUUAUAAUGCCAAUAUAUUUGCCGAUAUAUAUAUUUUGUUUUUUACGCCUGUAUGUUUCCCCUUCCCCGCGAUCCCUCCCCUGUCAGCCCUGGACCUACCCCCGCUCGGACCUAGAGGGCGACUGGCACCUCCCCCCCGCCCCGCUGACCCUCCCGAAUGUAUUUGGCCGCAGAGACCCAGAGCAAUGGGUUGCUAUGGCAACCGCUGCUUGGGGGGGUGGACGCCUCCUCCCAGCGACACACACACCCUCGUAGAAACUCAACCUGAACUCGCUGGUUCCAUUGUUUCCUCUGGUUGCUCUGAUGGUUCCUUCCCUGGUUCCUCUGAUGGUUCCUUCCCUGGUUCCUCUCUGGUUCCUUCCCUGGUUCCUCUGAUGGUUCCUUCCCUGGUUCCUGUGAUGGUUCCUUCCCUGGUUCCUGUGACGGUUCCUUCCCUUGUUCCUGUGAUGGUUCAUUCCCUGGUUCCUGUGAUGGUUCCUUCCCUGGUUCCUGUGAUGGUUCCUUCCCUGGUUCCUCUGAUGGUUCCUCUGAUGGUUCCUUCCCUGGUUCCUCUGAUGGUUCCUCUGAUGGUUCCUUCCCUGGUUCCUCUGAUGGUUCCUUCCCUGGUUCCUCUUGACGGUUCCUUCCCUGGUUCCUCUGACGGUUCCUUCCCUGGUUCCUCUGACGGUUCCUUCCCUGGUUACUCGCUGGUUCCAUGGCUCUGGUUCCUCUGAUGGUUCCUCACUGGUUCCUCUGAUUCCACUGGUUCCUCUGGUUUCUCACUGGUUCCUCCUCUGAUUCCACUGGUUUCUCACUGGUUCUUCUCGCUGCCUCUCCCGUCUGUCUGUCCAUCUCAAGCUCUGGACAGAAGUUCUGCGUUGUUGUCUGUGUUUGCGUUUCUUUAAUAAUGUGCCUUUUUUAUUUGUCUGUUUCCAACGGUUCAGUACUGGUUCCGUAAUGGUUCCUUAACGGUUCAGAGCUGGUUCCUUAACGGUUUAGUACUAGUUCAGUAACGGUUCCUUAACGGUUCACUAGCGGUCCACAAGUCGCUGUGGCUAUCCAGGGGUCAGGGUACGACUCAAAAGACCAGUCCAUGCAGUAGACGUUCCUCAUUGCUCCGUUUCCUCUGGGAAGCCAAAAGAAGGGCGUUAUGUUUAUCAGCCACCAGAGAGCGCUGUGUUUUAAUCAAGGGGAUCAUAUCUAUACGCAAGAGAAAAAGUUCCAGCCAGCGCUAACAAACUAUCGUUUUAAAGUUGAGACCUCAAACGUUCCAAGAGUCAUCGCUGACGACGUAAAUUUGUUGUCAACGUUUGAACGUAGGCAGAAUUUGGUACGGACGUCAGAGGAAGUCCUGCAUGUCUUAGAAGGAGGAGGCUUGGAAAGGCUCUGAAUAAACUCCUCAGACGGUCUCACUCAAGUAUUACCCCACUAGGGUCCGGGGCCUAACCUCGGACCACGGUCUAGAUGAACCGGUCCACCCUCUGCUGUACAGAGAACAGCGUCCUGUUCAUGGUCACAACAUGAUCAGUGUACGGAGGAAGAGGUGCAUUCUGGGGAUGGACCUUUCCCUUAGCCGGGCAGAGUCAAAGAGCGUCCGAGCGUUCUCAUUGGACCAGCCCGGAAGAGGGGUUUGGUGCUUACGGUUGAUUGGCCGACCGUCCGGCUGUAUGAUACCGUAAUGCUCGUUGAUAUUCGUCGGAAUGUUCUUCGUCGAGUUCGGCUGCCGGUCGUGUUAAAUAAUCGGUUUUAUCGGUUUGUACGCUUUCUACAAUGUAUGCCUUUUUGUACGCCCCCUCAGACAGAGUCGAUACUUACCUCUUUGAUUUUAGGUUUUAUUUUCUUUAAGGUACAUUGGCGCCCCUAAUCCGAAUAAACGGUUCAGUCGUCGUGCAGUUACCAGUUUGAUCCAGAUCUAACCCGACCUAGUUUAACUAGCUAACCUGGACUUAACGAGCUAACUCAGCAUGCUGUAAAUGCAUUUUAUGUUGUGAUCAUAACUGCAGUACUUUUUUUAAGGGGUUUUUGGAACGCAACCUGUGCGUCUGCGAAACAGACACCGUGUCAAAAUUCAUGUAAAGAUUUGGAUUUAGGCUUAUUUAAAGGGCAUAGUAGUAUUGGUACUAUUGAUAUAGUAUCGAUAUUAUGGGCAGGUUUUGUGUCCCAUUUUAUCCCAAAGUGAUAAACAUAUCUUAACCCCCCCCUGCUCCCCAACAUGGACCAUUCCACCAGCCUCCUAUUGGCUCAAACUGACGUACAGGGUGAACCUCCUAACCAAUAGAAACGCUUCUCACGGACCUGUCGUAGUGCCUCUCUUCUAAUUCAACUUUAUUUGUACGGCCCUUAAUCACCGGUACAGUCUCAAAGGGCUGAACAGGCCGUGUGUCUAUGACCCCCCCUAACCCUAGCCCCCCAGGGGGCAAGGAAAAACUCCCUUAAUGAGCAGGGUAGAAAUCCCCAUACGGAGCGCAGGGUAGGGGACCCCUAGCAUGGCUAAUGCCAAGCUCCAUCAUAGAUUGAACGUUGGACUGGGGAGGCUGCUGUCAUUUCCUUUAGCACAAGAGGCGGGAUCAGCGGGCCUAAUUCAAACGACCCUGUACGCGAUUGGCUGCUUGCAGUCGCUUCCUAUUGUGUUAAACCACCCAAUACCGCGCUAGGGGAAAAAGCCAGCUUGGUGAUUGGCUCCCAUAAAAGUAGAGAAACAGGAAUAGGUGUAUUGCUCCGCUCCAGCCCCUGCUGCACGGUGAAUUUAAAUGGCCCCAGAACGGGCGGGGCACACAGUCUAGGUCCCCUCCUUCCAGGGUGAAUUCAAAGGGCCCCAGAACGGGUGGGGCACACAGUCUAGGGGACCCCUCCUUCCAGGGAUGGGCAGGAGUGCAAUGGGGGCCAGAUUUGACAAAAAUGGAUACAUACAGGAAAAAGGUGUUAGAUCAAGGAUGACUUCUGUAUUGAAUGAUACUGUUAAUCAGGAUAAUAUUCGUAUCGAAGAUGAACAACCCCUUAGGAAACACUUCUCCUGACCUUUAAGGGUUGUAUCAGUGAUUCUAGAAUCGAAACAUUAAUCAUCACAUUCGUCUGAUCUUUCCUCACGGCCCGCUAGCUUCCCGCCCCGUCAAAAAAACGUGUCUCUGUAGGCAGCCUAUGCCCCGAGAUCGUACACAAAAACAAAUGGUACUGCCAACCACUCAAAACCAAAAUAUAAAGUAUUCCAACCAAUCACCGACAAGGGGUGGGUGUUGUGGGGUUUUGCGCUGCGUUCAUGAUAGUUUUUACUGGAUGCACGAAACACGGAAGGGAGGGGCAAGCUGGCUGUUUGUUUGGGAUCUCGCUGCAAAUACCAACAGAAGUAACGUCACCCAACAUCUUCUUCUGGAACGAGGUUGCUCAUGGGUGAGGCAGUGUACAUGGGGGAUUGAACCCCCAACCUUGUGGUCGGGAUACCCCCGGUUUUCCAUUGCUAUCGACGUAAACAUUGCAAGCCUGAAACGUAAGAUUCCGAAAAUGUGUUUAUGUGGACCUCUUCCUACGUCGACCAAUGAAUCUUUUGUUUUUGUUUUUUUAGGGACUGACAUUAAUAAAUGAACGACUCUUUGGCACGCUCUUAUGUAAACGCACUUAUGUUUGCUGUUGUGGUGGCGAUUCUGCUAUGAUUUCUUCGGAUGAAUGUAAUGCUUUGGUUUGGCCUGCAGAGGGCGACUUUACCCCCCACUAGAAACGGACUGGAGCCGGACCUGAUACACAAAGUGUGUGUGUGUGUGUGUGUGUGUGUGUGUGUGUGUGUGUGUGUGUGUGUGUGUGUGUGUGUGUGUGUGUGUGUGUGUGUGUGUGUGUGUGUGUGUGUGUGUGCGCGCGCGCGCGCACUUGGACGACACACUGUCUGCGUUAGUGGUUAGCGUUCAGACGGUUAAGGCGGUAAAAAAUAAAUAAGUUGUAUAAAUGUAAAUGAUUUAAAACGUAGGCCUACCUUUUACCCCCCCCACCGACCCCUUCUGGCCUCUAUCGUAAAGAAGCCAUGUUUAUAAUCCUUUUGAUGGCCGCCGGCCAUCAAAGCGCUUGUUUAUAUCAGAUGUGUAUAUCAGUGGUACGCAUAAUUUUUUAAGAUAUAUUUUUUUUAUUUGGUUUCUUAUUUUAUGGGGAUGUGUUGCAUGGAACGGGGGGCGGGGUGCUCUCUCCGACGCCCCCUAGGGCACGAUGGAACGGUUCUGUUGUUAAGAUAAACACGGCUAAGAUGAUGAUAAAAUAAAGGAUAUUUAUUUCA